AUGAAGCUCACCACCAUCGCUAUUGCCGUUCUUGGCGCCACCGUCGUGCAGGCCGAGCCUGUGAACAGGCAGACCACUCCCCGCCCCUACGGCAGCAUUCCCAAGUGGUGUGCCCACCCCGGUCAGGGCUGCUACAUGAUGAAGCGCUCUGCCGAUUCCUCCUGGGAGGUCAAGCGUUCCGCCGAGGCUCUCGCCGAGGCCAUGGCCAAGGACUUCCCCACCGAAAUCCCCAAGUGGUGUGCCCACCCCGGUCAGGGCUGCGCCAAGGCCAAGCGUGCCGCUCUCGCUGCCGAGGAAGUUCAGCGCACUGCCGAUGAAUUGGCUGAGGCCAUGGAUGCUCUCGACUCUCACGUCGAUGAGUAA